AUGCAUUCUGAUAGAGGUUGGAUGUAUGCAAGACUAAAAGAUGGUCUACUAAAUCCUUUAUUCCUUGAAGGAUUAAAUGAAUUCAUAGCAGCUGCCAAACAGUUUCCAGACUGUUUGAAUGGAGAAUUAAUUAGGUGUUCAUGUAAUCGAUUUAAGUGCCAAAAUCGGAGUUUUGAAGAUGAGAGUACAGUUAGGUUUCAUCUCAUGAAAUAUGGGUUUGUUAGAGACUAUUAUGUAUGGUAUUUGCAUGGCGAAAUUCCAAACUACAAUGUGGUCCAUGGGAGAAGUAAUGAUUCGACUGACAACACUUACAAUGUGGAAUAUCAACAUGGUGAAUUCUCUAAUGCUUAUGAACAACUAGUUGUAGAUGCAGCAGGACCUAGUUUCUCCCCAUCAAUUAGUAAUGAGCCUCCAAAUCAAUCUACUCAGAGAUUGUAUGACAUGUUGGCCGCUAUUAAUCAGGAAUUGUGGCCAGGUUGUGAAAAUCAUUCACAAUUGUCAGCUAUGGCAAGGAUAUUGAAUAUCAAAUCUGAACAUCAUUUGUCUGAACGUUGCUUUGACAAUAUUUGCCAAUUCAUCAAAGAAAUUUUACCUACUGAUAAUUUAUUUACUGAUAAUUUCUACUCUACAAAGAAAUUACUUGAAGGCUUGGGAUUAUCAAUUCAGAAGAUUCAUAGUUGCUUAAAUGGUUGUAUGAUUUAUUGGGGUGAGGAUAAUGAAUUGCUCAGGUCCAAGGUAUGUGAUCAUCCGAGGUAUAAACGAUUGCGAGAUAGUCAGAGCUCUAGUAAAACCCAAGUUGCUUAUAGUAAAAUGUAUUACAUGCCAAUCACACCUAGACUACAAAGGUUGUACGCAUCUAAUGCUACAGCCAAGGAUAUGACUUGGCACGCCAAUCAUGGGACUGGUGAUGAUUUAAUGCAUCAUCCAUCUGACUCGCAUGCAUGGAAGGUUUUUUAUAACAAUUGGCCUCAUUUCAGUGCUGAGAAACGUAAUGUCCGUCUAGGACUGUGCACCGAUGGUUUUCAACCCUUUGGACAAUCUGGUCAGCAAUAUUCAUCAUGGCCUGUCAUACUGACACCGUACAACUUACCUCCAUGGUUAUGCAUGAAAGGUGAGUAUAUGUUUCUCACUAUACUUGUCACAGGGCCUAGAAAUCCAAAAGAUAAGUUGGAUGUGUAUUUACAACCCCUAGUAACUGUGCUGAAAGAUUUAUGGGAUAAUGGAGUUGAAACAUAUGAUGCAUCUUUACUGUGGACUAUAAGUGAUUUUCCUGCUUAUGCUAUGUUAUCUGGAUGGAGCACUGCAGGACGGACCGCUUGUCCUUAUUGCAUGGAAGAUAGUGAUGCGUUCACAUUGACAAGAGGAGGUAAACAAUCAUGGUUUGAUAAUCAUCGUAAGUUUUUACCUCCUAGCCAUUCUUUUAGAAGAAACAAAACAGCUUUUAGGAAGAAUGUAUCUGUUACUAAGAAAGCUAAACCACCAAUUUCUGGUGAAGAAGUACUGAAACAGAUUGACGAAUUGGGGUUUAAGAGAGUUAUAGAUGAAGAUGCAUUUGAAAUAAAUUUCCGUCUAUCAAAGCAAUGCGGUUGGAGAAAAAGAAGUAUCUUCUGGGAUUUACCGUAUUGGAAAAGUAAUUUGAUUCGACACAAUCUUGAUGUAAUGCACAUUGAGAAAAAUUUCUUUGAAAAUAUAAUCAACACUAUAAUGAGUGUUGAGGGAAAGACAAAGGAUAAUGCUAAGUUAAGGGCAGACCUAAAUGUGAUAUGCAAUCGGCCAGAGUUGGAAAUGGAUCAAGUCACUAGGAGAUAUCCAAAAGCUUGUUAUACUCUAGAUAAGCAAAGUAAGCAAGUAUUAUGUGAUUGGCUGAAAAAUCUAAAGUUUUCCGAUGGAUAUAUUUCUAAUAUGGGGCGAUGUAUUGAUAUGAAGAAGCUGAAGAUGUUUGGGAUGAAGAGUCAUGAUUGUCAUGUCUUCAUGCAGCGGAUUAUGCCAAUUGCAUUUCUUGCAUGGUGA